AGAAAAGAAAGGACGCUGCGCUGUCUCACAGAUGGAAACACCAACUCUUUUCCGCGAGAAAACAGCCGUUUUCCACGCGCUUCCACGAGCUCCACGCGCCCAGCGACUCGCUCUGACUCCGUCCGGCUUUCCUCGUCUUUUCGCUUCUGCGGCGCCGCUCUCCAGCAACUCUUCCCUUCUUCGUCGUGAAAAUGACCGACUCGAACACAAACCCAGCGCUCAAGUUCCAGCGCAGCGUCGAGGAACUCACCUCGCAGAAUCCCCAUACCGACGAUCCGCGGAGCAUGCAGUUCAACCAGAUGAAUACCUGCAGUCUUCGAUAUGCGAUGUUUGCGCGCUGCGCGAAGGAACUCGGCGACGACCACACCCGCUGCAAGUACCAGUUCUACCGAGCCCAGGUGGCUUGCCCGAUCGAACAGAUCGAGUUGUGGGAGGACUACAGGCAGAAAGGCACUUGCCACUUUGACCUUCUCCCCGAAUUCUCCACGCGCCAUAUGUGGCAAUGAGCGCAGUUUCCUCGAGUUCUCUCGUCUCGCCUUUCUCUCCAGGCUCGUCCAGGUUCCCUCUGCUGCGGAAGCUCCGAGAAAGAAGAGAGAUAGGAGAGAACAGAGAAAAGAGAAGAACCUGGACGCAAACGUUUGCAAAGAACUCGUGCCCUGGAGACCUCGUUUUCUGUCGGCCGCAUCCGAUCCAGCUUCAAAGGAGAACGGGGAAAGCCACAGAGAGAGAGAGCAGCUUGGGUGGAAGUACAUGUGGGCUUCGCGUGGACUUGAAAGACGAGAUCUGCGUAUGCGGGGAGCAAAAAGUUCUUUCUUUGUGUCCGGUUCACUUUUCCUCAUCACGGUUGUGAAAUCCUUGCUUUUCCAGCAACUCACACAAAAGGCGUCUCACCACCAUUUCUCGGGCCGCUCCCCUGCUGUCUCUCCCGCAUGCAGCUCGGGUGUGUUUGCGUCUCUGUCCUACGAAAAGAAGGCCCUCCUUGCUGGGCUGCCUUCAGCUCGCUUUGCCUCUUCUGCACCAGUGAAAAGGAGAUCUUUC